AUGCGUGAGCUCGUGCACGUUCAGGGAGGACAGUGCGGCAACCAGAUCGGUGCAAAGUUCUGGGAGGUCAUUGCAGAUGAACACGGCAUUGACCCAACCGGAACAUACCAUGGUGACUCCGACUUGCAGCUUGAGCGCAUCAAUGUAUAUUUCAACGAAGCAACUGGUGGGCGCUAUGUGCCUCGUGCCGUCUUGAUGGAUCUUGAGCCAGGAACUAUGGACAGUGUUCGCGCCGGACCUUUCGGCCAGCUGUUCCGUCCAGACAACUUUGUCUUCGGCCAAACUGGAGCAGGAAACAACUGGGCUAAAGGUCACUACACUGAGGGAGCUGAGUUGAUCGACUCCGUGCUUGAUGUCGUUCGCAAGGAGGCCGAAGGUUGUGAUUGCCUUCAGGGAUUUCAGCUUUGCCAUUCCCUUGGUGGAGGCACUGGUGCAGGCAUGGGAACACUCUUGAUUUCCAAGGUGCGAGAAGAGUACCCAGACCGUAUCAUGGAAACAUUCUCCGUGAUUCCUUCACCAAAGGUGUCGGACACGGUGGUGGAACCAUACAACGCGGUCUUGAGCUUUCAUCAGUUGGUGGAGAACUCGGAUGAGUCCUUCCUGCUUGACAACGAAGCAUUGUACGAUAUUUGCUUCCGCACUUUGAAGCUGACCACACCAACAUACGGCGACCUGAACCACUUGGUGUCUGCUGCUAUGAGUGGUGUGACCUGCUGCUUGCGUUUCCCAGGACAGCUGAACUGCGACUUGCGCAAGAUUGCAGUGAACCUUGUGCCAUUCCCACGUUUGCACUUCUUCAUGACUGGCUUUGCACCAUUGACUUCCCGUGGUUCUCAGCAGUAUCGUGCACUGACCGUGCCCGAGCUGACCCAGCAGAUGUUCGACGCCAAGAACAUGAUGUGCGCUGCUGAUCCUCGUCACGGCCGCUACUUGACGGCAGCCGCCCUGUUCCGAGGCCGCAUGUCCACCAAGGAGGUUGACGAGCAAAUGUUGAACGUUCAGAACAAGAACUCUUCCUACUUUGUUGAGUGGAUCCCCAACAACAUCAAGGCAUCCGUGUGCGACAUCCCACCGAAGGGUCUCAAGAUGGCAGUUGCAUUUGCGGGCAACUCCACUGCGAUUCAGGAGAUGUUCAAGAGGGUGGCAGAGUACUUCACUGCCAUGUUCCGCCGAAAGGCUUUCUUGCACUGGUACACUGGUGAGGGUAUGGACGAGAUGGAGUUCACUUGAACGAUUUGGUCUCUGAGUACCAGCAGUACCAGGAUGCCACUGCUGAAGAGGAGGGUGAGUUUAAUGAGGAAGAGGGUGAAUAUGAUGGAUGAGCCAGUUGAAACUCGGUGAAUCCUGAGCCCACUUUCAAUAUGUUUGAAUCUCUCCAGACAGGAUUUGGGCGAAUUUGCUAGCUAGCCCUUGGUGCUUUCAAGAAAGAGACUUGAAGCAUACCGAGAGAUGCAUGAAAAUGAUGUAUGAGACAUCCAGCUCAGUUCUGGAUGAACUUGAUAGGUUUGAGCAUGUUUGAGCUAAGGUUUCAUGGUGUAAUAAGUAUGUAGGUGUGCUGGCUGAUGAUUUGACCGUGUUUGCUG